AAAUAAGACGCCAACAUUUCAUACUUAAAACAAUCAGGAAAUCAACACAAUUUUAAACACAUCAUAAGAUCAGGAAAUAUAAAAAAAAAGUUUAUUUUGGUUUUGCUGUACAUUAAAAUUUUGAAUUAAAAAUGAAAACACUUCUAGUUUCCUUUACUCUUUUUUUUCUAAAUAUCACAGUUAAUAAAAAUAAGUGAACCAAAUGACAUUGGUGGUAUUUCUCCGUGCUGUUCCAGACGUCAUCUCAGAGCGGAGGCUAUAAAUGGAGCUGUGGGCGGACCUCUUUUUGUUGGGGUUGCGGGAUGAGAGGAGCCUCAAAGCCGCCAGUCUCUUAUGUAACAGAAGAGGAGGAGAUCUAUAUUAAGGUGGUCCUGGCAGCAGCGUGGAUGAUGACGCUCACUACCGUCAGACGGGGACUGAAUAAAGAGCUGAAUGAAUCACUCCAUCCAUUGUAAAUCUUCACGAGUGAAGGCACAACAGUGUUUUAGAUGGUUUAAAAAUAACGAAGGUGAUGCUGGUGCAGCCUUGAACCUCGUUUCAGUUUUAUGGUGCUUUACUGUUUAUUAAGACAAAUAAGAAACAUAAAAAAUAAAGUUGUUUUUUUAUCACUUCCUUAACACAAAUUUCCAAUGUUAUUUUCCCUUAAUUUAUAAACAUAUUUUUAAAUCAACAAUUUUAGUUCAUUUUUUUCAUCUUUUCAGUUACAGUCAUAUUUAUUUAUGAUAUUUUAAGCCUUUUCCGUGCAUAUUACUAUGAAUAUGAACGUGUGUGAGACUGGUCCACGUAGCCCCUCCCUCCUUCCAGAUCCCUCUCUCCUCUUUUCUCCGCAGCAUCCCUCCUCCUGCGCAGCCACUUGCCUGUGUUUGAAGCAGCGCCAUGUGACCAGCAGCCACCAAUCACAGUGCUCCGAGCACCGGCAAAAAGAGGGGAGUUGUCUCUCCUCAUCCUCACCCUCCUCUUUUUCCCUGGGAAUCAGACGGUGUGCCUGCAGGAGUUGGGAUAAAUGAGAGGGGAUUCAUCACCUUCACGUUAUUUAGUCUGUCUUUGACCCUCAGAGGAGCUCCUGCUCCCAAUCUGGUCACGUUUCCUUUUCUGUACAGCCUCCCCCGCAGGAAAAAGAAGAAUGAAUGGGGAGGUGAUGGGAGGGAACCCUGCACAGGAGCAGCAGCAUGCCGGCAACGGCUCUCACCUUCCUCCUCCUCCCACCAUGACUCCAGCCAUCCCCCCGUACGUCAAGCUGGGGCUGACCGUCGUCUACACCAUCUUCUACUCGCUGCUUUUCGCCUUCGUCUAUGCCCAGCUCUGGCUGGUUCUGCGGUACCGACACAAGCGUUUCAGCUACCAGACGGCCUUCCUGUUCCUGUGUCUGCUGUGGGCUGCCCUCAGGGCCCUCCUCUUCUCCUUCUACUUCAGGGACUGUGUGACCGCCAACACCUUCGGACCCUUCGCCUUCUGGCUGCUCUACUGCUUUCCAGUUUGCCUCCAGUUCUUCACUCUCAGCCUGAUGAACCUGUACUGUGCUCAGGUUUAUUUUAAGGCAAAGUCCAAGUACACGCCUGCGCUGCUGAAGUACAGACUGCCUCUGUACCUGCUUUUCCUGGGGGUCAGUCUCAUCUUCUUGGCGGUCAAUCUGGUGUGCGCCCUGCUGGUCAAGAUGACGGCCGCUGACGUCAAAACCAUCGUCCUGGUGAGAGUGACCAUCAACGACAGCCUGUUCGUGCUCUGCGCCGUCUCGCUAUCCGUCUGCCUCUACAAGGUCGUCAAGAUGUCUUUGGCCAGCGUCUACCUGGAGACCAAGGGCACGUCCGUCUGUCAGGUGACUCUGAUUGGGAUCAUGGUGGUUCUGCUGUACGCGUCCCGAGCUUGUUAUAACCUGGUGGUGCUCGCCCUCACGAACAUCGAGAACAUCAACUCCUUUGACUACGACUGGUACAACGUCUCCGACCAGGCAGAUUUACGGUCUUCCCUGGGAGACGCCGGCUACAUCGUGUUCGGGGUGAUUCUGUUCGUCUGGGAGCUGCUGCCCACCUCGCUGGUCGUCUUCUUCUUCAGGGUCAGACGGCCGCCUCAAGACCGGAGCACCACAGGAAUACCCAACCACGUUCUCUCCUCCAGAGGAUACUUCUUUGAUAACCCUCGUCGCUAUGACAGCGAUGAUGACCUGGCGUGGAGCAUCCCUCCUCAGAACGCAUCAGCGAGCCUCUCCUCCGACUGCUACGACUGGGGCAGCCGCCACAGCAGCUUCACGGCGCACAGCCACGGCGACGAGCAGCGCCUCACCACGUCCACCGGCGAGCUGCAGCGGUAUCCGUGACCUCCACCCACGCCCCACGCCCCCCUGUACAGCAUCACUCUGCACUUUGACAGCCAUCACAGAACGUGUCUGUUCCACUUCGGAUGUGAACGUUUGGGAAGUUAGGGUAGAUUUGGAAAAAUGACAGGGUUCUGACAGAGACACAACUUUACUUUUCUUUAACAUUUCUCUUCAGCUGAAUGGGAGAGUAACUCUUUAAAUCAACAGUUUUGACCUUUAAAAUUGAAAUUAUUGAAAUAUUUACAGUUCUCAGAUGCAGAAUUUGUGCAUUUCUUCAGUGACAGGAAAUAUUAAUUCACAUUUCUUUGGUCUUUCAACUAAUUCACUAAUUCACUGAAUUCCCUUCCUAUAAAUUUAAUAAACUUAUAUGAUCUAUGAAGUGAAAUUUAAUAAGUUUUAAAUAAUUACCAAUUACUAAAACAACAGGUCACUAAAACCAAACUCCCAGAUAAACUCAAACUUCUAAGAAUGUACAGCUUUUUAAUACUUAGCAGGAUGUUGUAGAGUGGUGGUGAAUGUCAUUUUGAAGUGUUUUAAUGAACAUCACUCAGGUAGUCGGAAUGUCAGUUUUUUUAUUUGUUUUUUGAACAUUGAUUUAUUUGAUCUUUAACUACAACCUCUGAUGAGCAACGAUCACUGAGACACUUUGAAAAAGAUCAAAAGAUGAUCGGAGUGGAUCUUAAGUCUGAUUGUACAGAUAAUUCUUACAUUUCUCUUCAAACACUCUUUAUUUUGGGUUAACUUCGAACCACUUCUUCUUCUUUUUUUUCCUUUUCCCUUCUGAGGUCACUAUCACACAUACAUGAUUUGUACUUUAAUUAGCUAGUAUUUCCUCAUUUCCUAUGCAUUUCUUUAACAAAAUCACAGUGUUUUUGUCCAUCAGAAGUAAAUUGUUCCUACAGCUUUGCAGUUUUUUCCCCCGUGUAUUUUUACAAGCUGACCUCCUGCGGAGCAGAAGAUUCACACUCUGGGUUUGUGGCGCCUAAUGGACCUUUAACUUCAUUAAAAUCAUGCUGUGAACGUGAGUCAGGUUUUGUUGUUCAUCUGAGGUUGUUUUAGUUUAUUUUUUCAACAGAUUUAAAGGUCAUUUAAAGAAAAACACAAGAAGAAAGUGAAUAAAAAAAAUCACAUUUUCCAAAGCUAUCACCUCUAAGUUUUAGAAAAGUGAAACUUUUACUCAUGUGUUAAACAAGAAGAAACAUUUUCAAAAACAUUUGUAGUGAAGUCAUUUUUUUCAUCUUAAAGUGUAAUUUAGUAUUUCAUGUCAACUCAUUUAGUUGUUUCAUAUAUAAAAGCACUGAGACUUCAACUAUUUAGCAAAGUGUUUGAGAGAGAAAAAAAAAUAGGAUUUACAUUUGAACAUUUCAUGACAGAUGGAAAUGGUUUUAUGAAGGUUUGACAGGGUGUCUCCGAAAAGGUUUAGAUUAUGCAUUUGUAAUACAUUUUGUACAUUUUCUUUUGUACAGCUGGAGUAAUUUGUUGUGGUUCGUGUGUGUGAAAUGUUUUGAAGAAAAAGAGAAUAAAGUGAUAAGCUGCAGACUGCCAUGUAGACUGGGUUUGAUCUUUGUAAUGGAUGCAAUAAAUCUAAAUCCAUUUAUCCGAAAUGUGAAA